CAACACUGCUUCUUAAUAUGUGGGUGGACAACUAGUUGAAAUUCUUGCACUGAAUGGAAAAAUAUAUAAAAACAAUGGAAAAGCCGAAUGGAAUACACUACAUUGAGCUCUCUAGCAAUUUUAUACGCUUCGACGCCGUCAGCCAGCUAACAAAUGUAUUCUUCGAUGACUCAAACAAACAGAUAUUUGCCGUCCGAUCGGGUGGUGCCACGGGUGUCGUUGUAAAAGGUCCUGUGGAGGAUACUGUGAUAUCGUUUUGCAUGAGCGAUCGCGGGGGUGCGAUACGCUCCAUUAAGUUCUCACCAGACAAUCAAAUCCUGGCCGUGCAGCGCAAGGAAAACGCAGUAGAGUUCGUUUGCUUCCAGGGCGAUCAACCGCUGCUCCAAGACAUUAUAACCCAUCAAGUAAAAACGCUAAUUUAUGGCUUUGUGUGGGUGCACAAUCGCGAGCUUGCGCUCAUCUCGAACACAGGUGUCGAAAUCUUUCAAGUUGUGCCAGAGAAGCGACAAGUUCGCUCCAUCAAGGCGCUCAGCAUCAGCAUCAAAUGGUUCGCUUGGUGUUGCGAUGCCAAUGUGGCCUUGCUGUGUACCACCGAAGGCAACACGCUCGUGCCUGUCCUCGUCAAACAGAAGGUCAUCACCAAGCUGCCCAAAGUGGAUUUGGGGAAUCCGGGUCGAGAGGUCCAAGAGAGUAAAGUAACGCUGGGUCGAGUCUAUGGCGUACUGGCCGUGCUUAUAUUGCAAUCCAACAGCACGACAGGCAUGAUGGAGGUGGAAGUGCACCUGUUGAAUGGCCCUGGUCUGGCGCCUCGUAAAUGCCAUGUGCUGCGCCUCAGCUUGGUUGGACGCUUUGCCAUUAACACAGUGGACAACCUGAUAGUGGUACAUCACCAGGCUACGGCGACGUCGCUGCUAUUUGACAUUGCACUCAGUGGCGAGGUGAUCGACAAUGUGACCUAUCAUGCGCCCAUUACGACGGGACGCUCAAUCAAACCAUUUGCACUCAAGUUACCCUCGCUUUCUCCUGAUGGCCAAAUUCUACAAUGCGAGCUUUAUUCCACAAACUGGGUGCUCUUCCAGCCUAAUAUUGUCAUUGAUGCCAAGCUGGGCUGCAUGUGGUACCUAAAUCUGUCCAUCGAGCCACUGUGCAAUCUAAUUUCCGAUCGCAUACGGCUCACCGAAUUCCUGCUUCAGCGCAGCAGUGGGAAACAGAUGCUGCUGAAGGUGGUGCAGCAACUGAUGGGCGAUCAGUAUAAGGGCACGCUGCUGCCUGUGCUGGAGACCAUCUUUGACAAGAUCAAUAAGAUUUAUGCCUCCUGGGUCCACAUGGAGCUACAGAAUCAGACAGCGCUACCUGCGAAUGUGAAGAGCACAACCACUAAGAAUACUACACCGCCCAUUGUGCUCAUCGAGCAAUCGGAUAUGGUAGAAAUAUUUCAGCCCAUUGCCGAGCGACCCUUUGCGGAAACUGUGCUCAUGUUGUACCUGCAAUCCCUCAACAAAUACAAUAUAUCCGCCCAGGAGGAGCUGAGCAAGAUGAUAAUCAGCGAGUUGAUACGUAAUCGCAGUUUUGAUACGCUGCGCCGAUUGGUCAGCUACUCCAUGCUGCUGGAGUCCAAGUCUGUGGCGUGCUUUUUGCUGGCUCACUCUGAUGUCGACUCGGCUAUAUCCCAGAUGGCCAUCGAUAUGCUGGGCAAGAUCCAGGCACACGAGAUAAUAAUCGAGGUGAUGCUGGGUCAGGGCAAGGUCAUCGAUGCGUUGCGUCUGGCCAAAAACUCGCUGGGCAUUGACAAGGUGCCGGCGCGCAAGUUCCUCGAGGCGGCGUACAAAACUCAGGAUGAUUUGAUCUUUCAUAGCGUCUACAGAUUCUUCCAGAUGCGCAACUUGCGCAAUUACGAAACUCUGGCGUUUCCUAAAGCCGAGCAAUGCACGGAGUUCAUACAGCAUUAUAAUAAUACCUUUCCUCCGGAUAGCGCCAAUAAAUUGCAGACGAGCUGAGCCCAUUGUUUACUAGGAUUUGUUCAGUUUAUUUUGUGAUUUAGCUAAUAAUUGGGGUAUUCACACUUGAGUCUACAAAUAGCUUAA